AUGGAGUGGGCUCCGGGGGUCUCUACCUUUGGCAAACAGGACGUCCAAAAUCUACAUGACAUGGGCGUCAAUAUUGUCCGGCUGGGACACAGCUGGGCGGGCGCCGAGCCUGUACGGGGCGAAUAUAACCAGACAUUUCUGGAUAUCCUGAAGCAACAGACACAGUUGGCGGAAGAGCAGGGCAUUUACGUGUUAGUAGAUGUCCACCAAGACGUGCUUGCGCAACAAUUUUGCGGCCACGGUGUACCUGAUUGGUUCGUCAAAAAAGACUGGAUCACAGGGUUCAGACGAUUCCCGUUUCCCCUCAAACUCUCGGCCUUCACUACCGACAGCAAUGGCUUCCCCUCGCCUUCGUCCCAAUGCAGCACAAUUGACUGGUCUUUAAGUUACGCGACGGUCGCCGUGAGCAAUGCCUUCGGAAGACUGUAUGACAACUACGACGGCCUCGGUGAUGCAUUCGCCGCGUAUUGGAAGAAGCUGGCCUCGGAAUACGUUGCGACCGCCAAUGUCGUUGGCUACAAUCUUCUGAAUGAGCCUUGGGCGGGCGAUACGUACACAGACCCAACACUAUUGACACCUGGCAUCGCCGACCACAAGGCUCUGGAGGGACUAUGGAAUCGCGCGGCGAAGCAAAUCAGGACCGUGGACAACGAAACGUUGAUCUGGUUCGAAGGUGUCACUCUCGACAUACUCUCGGGCUUCAACAACGUGCCGCUCGGCGACGGGUCAAAGACGGUGCACUCGUUCCAUUACUACCACCCACCACAGUUCGGUUCCAUCUCCGACACCCUCUACAACCGCCACAAGGACAACGUGCGACUCAAGACGGCCGGCGUCCUGACCGAGCUGACGCUCUGGAUGGGCGACGACAAGCAGAUGAGCGCCAUGGCGGAAGCCAUGAAGGCCGCCGAUGACAACAUGGUUUCCUGGCUCGGCUGGGCGUACGAGAAUCUGUACGACGGGACUUCGGGGAAGCCGCACCCAGAGCUGCAGAAGCAUUACAGCCGAGCAUAUCCUGCGGCGGUCGCUGGGACCCCUACGUCAUUUGGAUUCGACGAAGGCUCCGGUACAUUUACACUGCAGUUUACGAGCGAUCCGAUCAUUGAUGCGCCUACGGAGAUCAUACUCCCCCCGUCGACGUUUCCCAGCGGAUACAACGUUCAGAUUAGCCCUGGCGGUAGCUUGUCGCAACAUUCGCGGGAUAAUCGCACUCUCAGUCUUUUUACCUCCAAAUCUGUUGUGUCAACUACGUCCAUUUCUGUCACCAUCACUCGGAAGUAG